AUGCGUGUCGGGCAAAAAUGCCGCCUGGACGUCUCGACGUGGGAUGCGUCCCCGGCGAAGCAAAGUGCCCCGUGCGCGACUGUUGUUGGCGUCGUAGUGGGCGAGCGGCGGCACCUGGACGACCCCGGCCGUGCACUUUACUACUUUUACACUCUUCGCGUAGAGCGCCCCUUCAGUGGGGUGGCAGCGGAGAGGAGCGGCGGCCUCAUGCAUGCGCGGCGUGAGCGCAAGGAGGAGCUCUCCGUAGGGACACACGCUCUCAACUCCGCCUGCGGCUUCAAGUACACCUUUGACGGCUGGUACGACGAGAUAUUUUUGUAUAAAAUUGACGAGGAGGCGUUGGUGCCGGUUCAGCGGGAGUGGCGCACGACGAUGGAGCAGGAUGACUCUCCGUGUGAGGUGCUCUACCUCUGCUACGCGACACGGCCGUGGUUUCAGAGCCCCUUCGCUGCCCUGCAGUACAUUCAGAUGCCAGAGCGUCACCUCUGCUACUCCGUUUCGGUGUGUCACCGCUGCAUGUCGCCGUUUGUGUCGCAACGGCACCUGCAGGAGCAUCUCCUCGGCGGCUACUGCCGCUGCCGCCGUCCGCCCGGUACGCUGCUUUACGACGAUACCGACAGCGGCCGGCGUGUGUACUGCGUAGACGGCGCCAAGCAGCUUCACUACGGCCGCUGCCUGUCGCUUCUCGGCAAGGCGUUUAUCGAGAGCAAGCAGCUGGAGAGCGACGUGGACAUCUACGAAUUCUUUGUUGUCACCCUGCCGCGGGCCUCGCUGCCGUACGUUCUUGGGGAUAUGGAGGAGGAGGCGUUUCGGCGCGAGGCGGCCCACUUUGACGAGGCCCACUGGGACGGCGACGUCGUGGUGGGGUACUUCAGCCGCAUCAAACACUGCCCGGAUCAUUGCCUCUCCUGCAUCAUCACGCUGCCGAUGUUUCAGCAACAGGGCAUUGCUGUCUUCAUGCUGGACGUCGCCUACCGCCUGACAGAGCUGCGCCAGCGCCUCUGUGGGUGCGAGGCGGCGUGCGGCAGGCGUGGCGGGGCCAUCUCGCGCCCCUUCUCCCCACAUGGGCAGGCGCUGCUGCUGGCGUUCUGGCGGCGACGCGUGACGGAGGCGCUGAUGCAAACCGGCGACACGGGGGCCGCGCCGGAAAAUGUGGCCGGAGACGAUGCCGACGAGUCUGCCACCGUGCCGUUUACCCUCCUCCACGCGAGGGUCAUGGCGGGGGGCUUCUACAUCCACGAGGAGGACCUGCGGUUUUUCGUCUUCAACGAUGAACGCUGCUUUUACGCCCGCACAACGCCCUCCAUUGCGGUCCCCGCAGCCUGCUCACGUCGAAGGACGGCAGCAAAUGAGAGCGCCAACAACCAUCCCCACCGCCACGCCACCAGCGGCGGCGGCAGCAGCAGCAGUGACCGCAGCGGUGGUUCGCUAGGGUUCGUGCCGCCGCCGUCGGAGUUCAUUGGCUCGGUGCUGCUGUUUAAACGCGACAUAUCACGGGAAGAGCGUCGGCCGGGUAGCUUCGACCAGCGAUUUUGGUGCCGUGGUGCAAACGGCCGUCACCCGUACAACUCCGCCCUCUUUCACUACUGA